UAUAAAAUAAAACCGAUAGAGCUGAAAAGAAUUUGAAAUCUGAUAGUUCUGGAGAGAAAUUGAUCUAGAAACGUGUAACCAAUAUUUAAAAAAUCUUAAUGAUCAAAUAUUGCGUUUAAAUAUAAAUUAAUAAUUAACAUGGAUACAUCGAAAGCAAGUGAAACCGAUAUUGAUGCAGAAAAUAAUAAUAAAACAUUAAUUGAAUUUCGAAAUAAUGUUUUAGCGUUGUACACGAAGCAAUUCGAAAGCGGCAAUUUUAGUCAUAAACAGUCAACAAAAUGUCCGGAAACAGAUUGUGAAAAUAACAGUGAAUUCAAAAACAAUAAUAAACAAGGAACAAAUUUCAAAACAGAAGAAAGAAUUAAACAUGACAUUCAAACAACCGGAGAGAGAGACAUGCAGUGUCAACCAGAAAGUGAAUUAGACUCAAAAACCGAGCGGUCAGUCGAACCAGUGUUGGAGCGCAAGCAGCCGUCCCCGAUGCGAGCAGCUACUACAUCCUUUUCCGUGGCGGACAUCUUGGAUCCCCGGAAGUUCACAGGGUCAAUAAAGGGACCGCGGGAAUUCCCCUGCCAGGGCUGGCCCCGAGGCACGCACAGACAGACGAACAAUUAUGGAUCAGAUGAUGACCGGCCGGAUGGUACUGAAUGUCACAGUGACCUUGACUCUAGCUGCGAACAAGAUCGCCAUGGUGAUGACAAAGAUGGCGGCGAUAGUGACGUCAGCGAUAUUGAGAUGAAAGAUGGCGACGAAGAAAAUAACUUGUAUUCAGAAUCUUCCAAACAUGGCAAGCCUCGCCGCGCGCGUACGGCGUUCACGUAUGAACAAUUGGUCGCAUUGGAAAAUAAAUUCAAAACAACGCGUUACUUGUCAGUAUGUGAACGCCUGAAUCUUGCAUUAGGAUUGAAUCUAACAGAAACUCAAAUUAAAAUCUGGUUUCAAAAUCGUAGAACAAAAUGGAAAAAGCAAAAUCCAGGAAUGGACGUCAACAGCCCAACAAUUCCACCAACUGGAGGCGGACUGGCGUCACUGACUUCCCCCUAUUCGGGACUAUUUUAUGGACAAAACAUGCACCCAUAUCUGUCCGCACCGCAUCUUGGGCUGUUUAAAUCUCAUCAUCCAUACCUCGACCAAAAACAUCCGUUGUAUUAUUCUUAUUUGUCACAGUCUCGAUGAUUUGGGACCUCAUUUGUUUUCUUCAGAAAAUAUACUAUGACGUUAUCUGACGUCAACUAUAAUUGAUUUGAAUAUUGAUGCUAUGGGACAGGAAUCUGCUACAUGUUUAACACAUAAUAUGCAGAUCGAAACCAUUAAAUAGAUUUGUGCAAUAAAAAUGUCAUUCAUUUUUUGACAACUCCGAACUUAAUAGAAAAGAUUCGAUUUAUUUGUAUUUAAACAUAGCCUGUCAUAUCCGUACAAAUAAUAAUGUACUGAUAAUAUAAAAAAUACAAAGUGAAACAUGUAAAUACAUUUGAACAGUAGCGUUUAUGUUCGAAUAAUUAAUAUAUGUACGAUAUUUUUUAAUAAGAAAACCCAUCAACAACAACAAUUAUUAUUUGCUAGCGAAAUACUGUAGCAAUUUCCAAAUACUUGAUGUUCUCAUAUAAUGGCCACUUACAUAGCGUGUUUUUUUUAAUCGUCUUAAACGUCACGUCACGUAUGAGUUCAAGGUUUGUUGUAAGAGACAAUAUUUCUUCAAUAUAAAAAAUUGUCUGUAUUUUAAAAAUAAUUAUUGGUGUAUACCCAUUUUUUUCAAUGAUUGGUGUAAACAUAUUCUGUAUUUUUAAAUGAUUGAUGUAUACCUAUUCUGUAUUCUUAGUCUAGAUUUAUUUUUCGUUAUAAAUCAUAACUACA